UCGAUCAAAUAUAAUAUUCCAAUGAGGAGCCUACUAAUUGUGUGUGUUUUUUGGUGUUUGUUAAUUGCUUUACAAUGGGGUGGUCAUGAAUGUUGUGUGAAAGAGGAAAAGAUGGCUUUGCUUUACAUCAAAACAUUUUUCAUUAAAGUUAACAAUGAUACAACAGGUUAUACUCUGCCGGCAUGGCUUGACGAUGGAAAUGAUACCAAUUGUUGCACUUGGGAGCGGGUAAGUUGCAAUCCCACCACAGGUCGAGUAACAGAGCUCACACUAGACAAUCUUGUUUACCUCGGCGGCCAAAAACAACCUAGUCUCGAUGUGUCCCUGUUUGGUCCUUUUGAGGAACUGGUAAACUUACAGUUAUCUCGAAAUCAUUUUAAUAGUUGCCUUCCUAACCAGGAUUUUGAGGAACUGAACCAUUUGGAGAGGUUGGAGGCUUUGAACCUUGCAGAAAAUGGGUUUGGAAGAAACAACAUCUUGAGGUCUUUUGGUGCUCUUACGACACUCAGAUCGUUGAAUCUUAGCUUCAAUAAUAUAUCUAGCAAUGUUUUUUUGCGAGAGUUAUCUAAUUUGACAAAUUUGGAAACGUUGGAUCUUAAGAGCAACCAACUCAAUGGCUUCCUCAAAGCACAAGAUUUUACUUCACUCAAGAAUUUAAAAGUUUUAGACUUGAGCGCCAACUAUUUUGAGGGGAGCAUUCCUCCAGCUAUUGGGAACUUGUCUGCUCUAGUUGCCUUAUCAUUGGCACAAAAUCAUCUCAAUGGAACUCUUCCCAAUCAAGAAUUUUGUAAACUAAAAAAUCUUGACGAGUUGGAUCUCAGUCUUAAUCACUUAGAAGGAGUGUUUCCACCUUGCUUCCGCAACUUGACUUCCCUUAGACUCUUAGACCUUUCUACAAACCUAUUUGAGGGAGAGAUUUCAUUUAUUUUCCCUAGCCUCACAUCCCUAGAAAAUGUUAGACUUAGCAAUAAUAAUUUUGAAGGAAAAUUUUCAUUAAGCUUCUUAGCCAAUCACUCGAAGGCCAAGGUAGUUGAAAUACUCAAUGCGGGUAACUUAGAGGUGGAAACUGAAGAUUCAAAUUGGACCCCCGAGUUUCAAUUAGAAGUUUUGGUAUUAUCAGACUCUAACCUUAACCAGCGGAGUCAUAAGAUUCCAACAUUUCUGGCGUAUCAAAGCAUGCUGAAACUACUUGAUCUCUCCCACAACAACCUGCAAGGGGACUACCCUAAUUGGGUAAUUAAGAACAACUCAGACCUCCAAAUUUUGAGCCUAAGAAACAACUCUCUCGAGGGGAACUUUGAUCUUCAGCUACAUCAUAAUACAAGUAUCUUGCGAUUUGAUGCAUCUCACAAUCUGCUUUUUGGAAAGCUUCAAGAAAAUGAGGGAAGGAUGCUUUGGCAGAUAAAUUACCUAAAUUUGUCAUACAACUUAUUUGAAGGAUAUGUUCCAUCCUCCUUUUGCAACAUGAGUGAUUUGAUAUUCCUAGAUUUGUCUAGCAAUCACUUCAAUGGGGAAAUUGCUAAGGAAAUGGUUUCAGGAUGCCUUAGAAAUUUGGAUACACUGAUACUAUCUUCUAAUAGCUUUCAUGGGCAGAUAUUCUCAUCCAAUUUUAACAUGACCAAAUUGAGUGCCUUGCGCUUGGAGGACAACAAAUUUUCAGGACCUAUCUCAAAUGCAAUGAGCAGAAGUUAUGGAUUGGAAUUUUUAGAUGCAAGCAACAAUCAAUUUUCAGGUGAUCUAAAGAGCUGGAUAAGUAACAUGACAGAUCUGCAUGUCCUCAUCAUUCGAAACAACUCUUUCAAUGGUCAAUUCCCAUGUGAAAUUCCUAUUCAUGCCCUUCUUGAUGUCUCUCAUAACUUUCUUUCAGGACCAUUGCCCUCUUGCCCAAUUCAACCUUCUCAUGUACUUAUGCAAUCAAACAAAUUCAGUGGUUCAAUACAUGAAGUUCUAUUAAACUCCUCAUCAAAUCUGUUGACAUUGGAUAUUAGAGAGAACGAAUUAUCUGGAAAUCUUCCAUCUGUUGUUGGUGCAAAGAACUUGAGGGUUCUUCUAUUGGGUAGCAAUCAGUUGAGUGGUCCAUUUCCAAACCAGUUGUGUAGGUUACAAAAGCUGAACUUGAUUGAUCUUUCAAGUAACCAUUUAUCUGGCCAAAUACCUCGAUGCAUUAGCAAUAUUACAUUUGGAAAAUCGAGUGACUAUGAAUAUUUUUACGGAGGUUUUUCAUUCACUAAACAUUGUAGCUUAUUUUCCACUACCUAUGGGAACUUCUUGAUUAAAGAUUACUACCUAGACACAGUGGAUGGUACUGUCAUUGAAGAAGUGACAAUUGACUUUGUUACCAAGAAAAUCUCCUACUCCUACAAAGGUGGCAUCCUCAACUUAAUGUCGGGAUUGGAUCUGUCAUGCAACAACUUUACAGGUAAAAUCCCAUAUGAACUUGGAAAUCUCAGCUGGAUUCAUGUAUUGAAUUUGUCCCAUAACCAAAUCAAAGGUUCUAUUCCCAAAACGUUCUCAAGGUUGAGACAAAUUGAGAGUUUAGAUCUUUCUUACAACAAUCUAACUGGAAAGGUUCCACCAGAAUUGAAGGAUCUUAACUUUCUAGCUGUUUUCUCUGUUGCGCACAACAACUUAUCAGGUAGAAUUCCUAAAAUGAAAGGACAAUUUGAAACCUUUGACCAGAGCAGCUAUGAAGGGAAUCCAUAUCUUUGCGGUGCACCACUACCUAAUAACUGCAGCCAGAUAAGUGAGUUACCAAAAACCUCACAAUUAACAACUGAAACAAAAUGGUAUGAAAUGGAUAUGUUGGUUUUCUGGGUAGCUUUUAUCGUAGCUUAUAUCAUUUUCUUCUUAGGAGUGGUUAUUUCCCUGUAUGUUAACUCUUCUUGGCUUAGAAGAUUGUUAGAGUUUCUGGAUUAUUGUUAUUAUGCACGCUAGAUAUGUUUUGUAUGUAAUAUUUAUGCAUUUAAGUUCUUUAGUUCUGAACUUCAAUACAGGGCAUCAUUAAUAAGAAUUCAUGUUGUUUCCAGCUU